AAGCUUAAUAUUCCUCAUUUAAAAUUGAUAUGGCACAUCAAGUCUUUGUGUAUGGAACCCUCAAGAAAGGGCAGCCUAAUCAUCAUGUCCUAACACAGUGUGAGGGAGGAAAAUACACAUUUUGGGGUCAAGGAAGGACUGUUUCAAAAUGGCCAUUGGUCGUUGCAUCAGCUUACAAUAUCCCAUUCCUACUGGACAUUGAAGGAGAAGGUCAUAAUAUAGUUGGUGAGGUGUAUGAGGUAAAUGAUACUCUGUUUGCUGCCCUGGAUGACUUAGAAGGAUACCCUGGUUUCUAUGACAGGAGGCCAAUUAGUAUCAAAAUGGAGCAGAAGAUGGAAGGAGUGAAUUGUGCAGAUGUCAUCGAAUGCUGGCUCUACAUUAUCACUUGUUACAAGCCUUUUAUGAGAGAAUUGGAGACGUAUGAGAACUAUGACAGCAACGGUAGUCAUGGCAAGCAGUAUGUUAGCAGGUGUGAUAGGGAUGAGGGAUGGGCCGAUCUGAUAUUGCCUUCUCUCAUUACUCUCAAUGAUGAUCUAAAAGCAAGUGAAGAAACGAGUAGUAUGGAUGAUAUUCAUCCUGUAUGAGUACCUUUGAGACUACAGAUUAACAUGUAUGAAGUUCCUACCAGUGCUAGAGGAUGAGCAUCAAGAUGGAGAAUCGUUAACAGGAGCAGCAUGAAUUUGGUUGUGGAAGUCUUUAGAAAUGCCUUCUUAAAUUAACUUUGGAAUACCACAAUUCAAACUAGAAAUAGUUGAAAGUUUAUUUUACUUCAAAUCAAUACAAAUUCUCAGAAAUACUAUGAAUCAGUGUUUUUUAAUACUGUGCAUUGUGAAAUGAAAAGUCAGCUGUAAGUGCAAAGUGAUUUCAUGAAGUACCAGUAGUCAUUCAGAAAAAGUGUGGCAAUAUUCAUAUUUUUGUCUCGCCUGCAUAGCAGAGUGAGACUAUAGGCGCCGCUUUUCCGAAGGCGGCGGCGUCAACAUCAAAUCUUAACCGAAGGUUAAGUUUUUAAAAUGACAGCAUAACUUAAAAAGUUUAACUUAGUUCAUUAAAUUUUGUCAUAAGUUUAAUAAUCAAUUAUUACUGAACAUCCUGCCUGAGUUUCAAGUCACAUGACCAAGGUCAAAGGUGAUUUAAGGUCAAUGAACUUUGGCCAUUUUGGGGGUAUUUGUUGAAUUAACAUAAAUAAUUGUAUCGGUCUAGUUCAUAAAACUUGGACAUAAAGAGUAAUCAGGUAUCAAUGAACAUCCUGUGCGAGUUUCAGGUCACAUGACCAAGGUCAAAGGUCAUUAAGGUCAAUGAACUUUGGCCAUGUUUGAGGUAAUUAUUAAAUUGCUGUCAUAACUAACUUACCGGUAGUCAUAACUUUAACAGUUUAUGGAUAUAGUUUAUGAAUUGUUUAUGAAUUGUGGACAUAGUGGUAAUCACUGACAAGUCUUAGGUCACAUGAUCAAGGUCAAAUAUCAUUUAGGGUCAAUUGGCCCUAAAUGAUAUUUAACCUUGAUCAUUGAACGUAGUAUUGUAUCAUUAUAUGAAUGGUGUUUUUUGUGAAUAAUUAUUCUAUAGUAGUUUUGAAAGUCAGCACUGCUGUUAUAUUGCAUCGCGUAAUGCAGGUGAGACUGCCAGAUGCGCUUGGUCUCACACAACACACAGUUCAUAAUUUGCAAUGCAUCACAACUGUUUUGCAAGCAACAGUUGGCUUAAUGUUUAAAUUCAUGAUUUAGACAAAUAUUAUUCACAGCAUUAUAUUCUGCUCCCAGCCAUCUGUUUAAACCCCCAUUUUUCUCAAUUAUUUUAUAGAAUGUGUAUAAUGAUAUUAAUGUCAAUGAGAAUAUUCUCUGUACAGCUAUUGAUUAUGCCUUCUGCAUUAUUUUUCCUGUGGAUUUUACAUAAAUGCAAGUGCUCUAUCAAGUAUAAAUGAGUUACGCAGUAUUAACACCAUGAUCAUGUUUUGUUUUCUUGUUAUAAUUGAAGAUUGUUCAGGUCAUGGUCGUAUGGUAACAUUCCAAUUAAUGUAGUUCUAUUGAAAUGUCAGUUAAUGAAUCUUGAUAUCUGAAAUAUACCAUAUCCAUCCAUUUUUCGAUCUAAAAAAAAUAUUAAGUUGUUAAUGUGUAAUAUGGUACAUUCUAAUAUGAAAUUUUUGACAUAUAUUUUCUUCGUUUGCCUUAUGGAUGAUUUUUCUUUGCCUCGUUUUCCAAGGGUGAUUCCCAGACACCCAAACUGUAUUAUUUUGAAAGGGGGGGGGGGGGCUGGGUUGAAAGUAGGGGCUGAACAUGUAUAAAAUUACAAUUUUAUGUUCAUUUUCACAUUGUUGUUUUACACAUUUACUGGAAAAGAGUGGGGGCUGAAGUUCUGAUAUGGUCUAAUGAGAUGUUGAUUAAUGAAUCUUGAUCUGUGAAAUAUACAAUACUUAUCCAUUUGUAAAUAUUAUUGAGCAAAAAUAUUAGGUUAUUAAUCAGCGUAUGUCAUUUUGCCUUGUGGAUAAUUUUCCUGUCUUGUUAUCCAAGGGUAAUUCAAAAUCAUUCAAAAUGAAUGAUUUUUGUCUCGCCUGCAGAGCAGAGCGAGACUAGUCAUCAUAACUUUAAAAGUUUAUAGUUCAACAAACUUUGGCAGUGUUGGGGGGUAUUUGUUGAAUUGGCAUCAUAACUUAGAAAGUUUAUGGAUCUACACAUGUAGUUCAUGAAACAUAGACAUAAGGGUAAUGAUUGUUUGGCACAUGUCUGAGGUCACAUGAUCAUGGUCAAAGGUCAUGUUGGGUAAAUGGACAUAGUAUUUUAUUAUCAUAUGAGUGUUUUCUUUUGUGAAUAAUUAUUUAAUAGCUGUUUUUAAAGUCAGCACUGCUGGUAUAUCAACUCGCGUAAUGCAGGCGAGACUGCCAUAGGCGUUCCACUUGUUGAAAGUGGGGCUUAUAUGGCGUUUAUUUAGAUUUGAGUAUGUUUGCAGAAGACAGUCAUGAAAUUUUUGCGGGAGAAAAAAAAGGUGCAAUUGAAAAUUUGACAUUUUUAUCCUUAUGCUUUUGAUUCCAGGAUGGAUAUUGUGCAAUUUGAUAAUUUUCUGAAAUUAGUAAAGGCCUCAUUGUAUAUUAAUUUAGAACAGUUUUGAUAAUUAAAGCAAGUGUAAAUAGAUAUUUAAAUUAAAUAUCUAUUUACACAUGCUUUGAUUAUAGAAACUUCUUGCUUUGAUUAUUGAAACUCUUCUAAAUUAAUAUACAAAUUUAAUUUAGAAGUUGUAAAUCCAGAUCUAUACUCAUACAAUGUACAGGAGUCCAGGUGCGGAUCCAGAGUCUAAGAUUUAUGGGGUGCAAAUUCAUCAAAAUUUGCCUAGAAAAAAAAGGGGGCAUUCCAAAAUGAUGGAUAAUUCAUCUCCCAAAAAACUUGGCAAGUAAAAAAAAAAGAGAAAAGAAGAGAAAGAACAUGAAAAAAGGUGCAUGAUUAAGGCAUUUAAUGGUGUGCCCCAUUAUAUUUUCAAAUUUUACUGGAUGCACCCGCACCUUCCACCGUGGAAGUUCCACCAACCCCUGGAUCUGCGUCUAAGAGUGCCCAGAGCAGUGUGGUGAUAUGGUUUUAAAAUAAAGUUUGUAUGGUUGUGUUCUUAACAUUGAAAUGUA